AACAACUAGUCGACGAGCACGACAUUGAAAAGGUCGCCUCAGCCCCGCAGCUCUCUGCUGAUGACGUGGCAGCAGGGGAGCUGUCGCUGGACUGCAACCGCUUCCUGAUUGGCCGCAGCAUGAUCAACGACCGAGUGAGCGACCAUGAGGAGGGGAUCACGUGGCUGCGGUCGGCCCCGCGCCUGCUGUGGGUGGCUCGGGAGAGGCGUGCCGAGGCUGAUGCAGCGGAGAGGCAGAGGAGGCGGGAGAAGUAG